CUCGUUGCCGCGCUCGCGGGUCCUCCCCGGCCGGUCUCAACUCAAGCCAUGGCUCCCGUCUCCCUCCACCUGCUCCACCGCGCGCGACCUUCGCUUCCCUUCCGCGACGGUGGUGGAAGGCCGGCCAGCACAACCGGGCUACUGCCAUGGCGCCGGCAGUACUGGAGCUACACCAGUGCGCGGAUGAGGCUGUCGAUGCCGGUGUCGGCCGUGGCAGCCGAGACGCCGCCGCUCCCGCGGGCCGACGACGACGAGACGUCGGCGCCGGCGGACGAGGAGGAGGAGAAGUUCGACUGGCUGGACCAGUGGUACCCGGUGGCGCCGGUGUGCGACCUCGACCGGCGCGCGCCCAACGGGAAGAUGGUGUUGGGACUCCGCGUCGUUGCCUGGCACGACGGCGGCGAGUGGCGCGUCGUGGACGACGUGUGCCCGCACCGCCUCGCGCCGCUCUCCGAGGGCCGCGUCGACGGCAAGGGCCGCCUCCAGUGCGCCUACCAUGGCUGGUGCUUCGACGGCCACGGCGCCUGCCAGUUCAUCCCCCAGGCCCCCGCCCUCGGCCCACCCGUGCACAAGAACAGCAGGGCGUGUGUGGCGUCGUACCCGAGCGUGGUGCAGAACAACAUCCUGUGGUUCUACCCGAGGUCGGAGCCGGAGCACAGCGACGUGCUGCAGAGGAAGCGGCCGCCGUACUUCCCAGAGCUCGAUGAUCCAUCCUUUAAGGCCGUCUAUGGCGUCAGGGACCUCCCAUACGGAUACGAGCUGCUGGUGGAGAACCUCAUGGACCCUGCUCACGUCCCCUACGCGCACAGGGGGCUCUUCCCUGAGGAUCGCAAGUUGGACGAUCCAGGCAGAGUUGAGUUCGAUCAAGAACGCGGUGGCCCGUUCAAGAUGAAGAUAGAGAACGCCAGCAUCCACGGGUUCCAUUCCAACCUCGACGAGGACUGGGGCUACUUCAAGUUUGUUGCGCCUUGCACCCUCGUGGGCUCCCCGUUUCGCAUCAGACCCGUGGAUCACCAGGGUGAGGAGAAGAAGCAGCAGCCUGAGGUGACAUUGGUGUUCUUCUGCGUCCCAGUGGCUCCAGGAAGGAGCAGGUACAUCUGGGCGAACGGAUUAUACGUCGGUCGCUGGUUCAACAUUACUCCUCGCUGGUGGUACCACAGUAUUACGAACACAGUCUUGGAUUCAGAUACGUACCUCCUUCAUAUUGAGGAGCGCAAUUUCGCUAAGGUCGGCAUUGAAAACUGGCACAAAGCUUGCUAUGUGCCCACAUCAUCUGACAACUUGAUCAUCGCCUACAGAAACUGGUUCAGAAAAUACUGCAACCAUGAGAUUGGGUGGGCAACCCCAACAGUUAAUCAGCUAGUGCCACCAACUCGUACCAGAGUUGAGCUCUUGGAGAGGUACUGGUCGCAUGUGAAGCAGUGCACGAGCUGCAGCUCGGCACUGAAGGGGAUGAGGGCUCUGGAGGCCAUCUUGCAGGUGGCGUCGUUCACCGUCAUUGGGUUCCUCGCUGCCACCAAGGGGACGAUCGUCAUGGCGGCUGUUCAGAUGGCUGCGGCCGUUCUGUUGUUCGCUGCCUCCCGCUGGAUCACCAACUUCAUCGAGAAGACCUUCUAUUUCCAGGACUAUGUUCAUGCUGACAAGUGAUCCAUGUGCCCUGGAAAUCUACGAGUGUCCAGCUCUCCUUUCAUAUAUAAAUAAACAUGUUGCUCCUGAGGUUUAUUUGCCUAGUUCGUCCGUGGUACUGCAUCCACGUGUCAAGUUGGUAUAAAACUAAUUAAGUGCAUCUCGUGUGGCGCGUGCUACUUCCUCAGUCCAAACAUACAAAGACAUUUAUUGUUUAAAUGUUGUCUAAUAAUACUCCCUCCGUCCAUAUUUGAUCGUCAUAUUUGGUCUUGGCAUCAAGACCAAGAAAA